CCAGUUCCCAAGGCACAAUUUUCUCCCCCAAACAUGGAAUCAGCAAUUUGCGUUGGAUGAUUUAUUUGGCAAUGGCAUUCAGCUCCAAGUUUCAUUCAAUACCCCUCAAAACACUCCACUCCUUUCAUCGAUUUAGCCAAGUUCUACAGUCUACAAGCUUCCAUGGUACUAGAGACACCAUGAUUGACUGCUGUUAAUGCUCGAGUUCUGCGUAAAACCCCUGUUUAGCAACUUUUCAGAUUGAUUCUCCACUUCAUUUCCCUCUAGUUCCUGAAAAUUACAGGGUUUCCAAGAUCGAUCAAUGAGUGCUCCUAAACGAGAAGAUGGCAAUGAAGCCCACAGUCUCGUGGCCUCUCAACAUCCGCCAUCACCUUCAUCAUCAUCAUCUAACAAUGGUGAUGACGAAGCGCGAGGGAACAUUCUGACAUUCGAUGUUGAUUUGAGCGACGAAGAUGAUUAUUCUGUGAUGGCUCCACCUUUCUCGUGGAGGAAGUUAUGGGAGUUCACAGGACCAGGGUUCUUGAUGAGUAUAGCGUUUCUGGAUCCCGGAAAUUUGGAGGGUGAUAUACGUGCUGGAGCUCUAGCCGGGUACUCAUUGCUGUGGUUGUUGAUGUGGUCCACGUUUUUGGGCUUGUUGAUCCAGCUGCUGUCGUUGAGAGUGGGUGUUGCAACGGGGCGGCACAUGGCGGAACUGUGUAGGGAGGAGUAUCCGUAUUUGGCGCGGCUGCUGUUGUGGUUCACGGCGGAGCUGGCCUUGAUAGCGGCUGAUAUUCAGGAGGUGAUUGGGAGCGCCAUUGCUAUUCAGAUUCUAAGUGAUGGAGUUUUGCCUCUUUGGGCUGGAGUCCUAAUUACCGCUUCUGAUUGGUAG